AUGACCGACAAUAGAAGUUACUUGGACAAUAGUGGGUCUUUUUUUGCUAAUGUUUUGUCUAAAAAUGGUCGAAAUGAGGUUCAAGUCUAUCCAAUUAAUAAGAAGCAAGACCUGGACUCUUUAAUUAUUGAAGAACAGGUAGUCAAAAUUGAACUCACACCGGAGGAUGGAAUCACAAGUAGUUGCUGGGCUGACUUGAGCAAUAAACAACUCAGAAAGAGGAGACGGAGCGACCAAAGUGUGACAGAGAAAAGUGAUCAUACACCUACCCUAAUAGCUGCAACAACGAAUAAAGAGCUCUUAAUAAUCACGCCGACGAAUGGAAAAGUGAUUGAUCGCAUACCUAUAAGCCGUACUCUUGUUUUCAUUACUAGCUCACUAAAAAAUGGUGUGAUUUGGGGUAUCGAUGAUGAGUCCAAGAUAGUUGAAAUCUUCGUGAACGAAGGUAAAGUGAAGGCAAAAGAUUUUAUACCGCAAGAAUCAUAUAAGUUUCUUGCUCCCAUAAGCAAUGAAAGCAUGCCCAAUAGUAAGAAUCAGUAUUUGCUAUUGGUAUCGGAUUAUGAAGUGUAUUUGUAUGAUACUUCCAAGUCGUCAAAGAAAUCAGUUGUGCCAAUAUUAGAAUCUACUAGUAAGUUUAAAGUGUUGGACGUAAAUCCAAACUCAAGCAUUGUAUACUUGGCAACUGAGGAUGAGUUGCUUGCCUAUGAUGUGUCCAAAUCAGUUGUGGUCAAGAAAUUACCUAUCUCGAAUGUGCAUAAAAUAUCAUUUAUAUCAGAAAAUACAGUGAUAGCGUUGAAUGAAGAUGGAAUUCAAAUUAUCAACGAUGAUUUACUUUCAUCUACAAUUAAAACAAAUUUCCAUGAUUCGGAGGAUAAAAUUCGAUUCUUCGAUGCAUUUAAGUCAUCCGAUGAUUUCUUAACUGGGAUUUGGUAUGAUGUAAACGAACCAAACUUCACUAGGAUUAGCUGGUCUCCUUCUACUCGUGGUGUGAUAAAAGUUCCUAUAGACUACAAGGAGAAGGUCACCAAUGCGUCUAAUGUACGCACAGAUACAUUGUCAAUUGAAGAACCUACCAAAAUAGAGAACAUUGAAUCAAGAGAACUAUUUUCUCGCUUGGAGGAUUUAUUAACGCAAGAGCCUAUCGGCAAACCAGGCAUAAUAGAACUUUGUUCAACUAACGACGAGGAGGUUAAUAUAAAAGAAGUCGUUAAAUUGUUGGUUGGGCUGGAGCAACUUAUCAAAGAACUUUUUGGUAUUAUCAGCGACGAAGUUGCAUCUGAUCCUUCUAAAAAUAAGGUACUAGCAUUGUGGCUUAAAUGGAUAUUACUAAUUCAUGGUGGUUUCCUUGCAAGAUUGCCAGAUGGGGAUGAAACUCUUAGAAAGCUAAGAGGAGGGCUCCACGAGGGAUUAAAAUUAAUGCCACGCUUGUUAUCUUUACAAGGGAGACUUCAACUUUUGAAGUCACAGGCUGAGCUAAGAGAUGGACUCGAGAAUCAUACUUUACUGUCUCCUCGUAUCAAAACAAUUAAUCACGAAGAUAUUCCAUUUGUCAACGGAGAAAAUGAUGACUUUGAGGACGCUGAAGAGUACUUCGAAAAUAAUGGAGUAGCAUAUGACGAGGACCUGGAUUUAGAAUGA